AUGGAGAUUUUUUUCCUUCUGAUGAAUAGCAUUAUUGACUUGUGGAAGAUCCCCAGCUCCAUGUCCUUAGUAGUGGACAUGGGCUUUGCUAUAAUGUGCGGAGUGGGACUCUUUUACCUACUAAUCCCAUUCCUGAAGGAGUAUCCAGAGUCACCACCACCUGGAAGCCAAAAGAACAUCCCAAAGGUGGUGAAGAGGGCGCAGAGGAAGGGCAAAAAGAAAACUGCUCCUGUGAAAGCUUGCAGAAACAGCCCAAAGAAUACACAGGAUACCCAGAAUGCAUCACGACCUAUAGAAAGGCCCAUCCAUCAUCCUUUACUGGACUCCUUUCCCCACCCCUUUUGGUACUCUAAGGAGGAACUGAAUCAGCUUUCCCUCCCCCAACUGUUUUCUCACUUCAAGGUCUUACAGGCCCUGAUACACCAGAAAUUUAACCAACUUUUAUGUGGUAUAUCCUCUGUGCUCUCUGAGGCAGUUGUGGCUACUGCCUGGGUCUCCAAGAAACCCUCCUCAGGAAGACGUAAAUGUGUGAGGUUUGAUGACACAAGUGACCCUAACCAACCACUAUCUGUGCCUAAAGAACCUCCACAGCUUUGCCAAGACCAGUACUUUCCCCACCAACAUGUGACAAGGAGCAUGGUAGGUCUGAUAGGGGCCCAGGAACCAGAAAACAUCCCAAGCUCUAUACCAAAACAGACAUCACCUCCAAAAGAAAAUGUGCCCUGGCAACACAAACAAAAUUGGAACGACAUCACAGGCUAUGACAUACAAAAAUGUAAAGCAGCCAUUAGCCAGCCCACUGACAACUUAUCUGGGGAGUGUCUGCCCACUAAAGCUAUCAGGUCAGCCUCCAUUUGUCCUGGGCAUUAUCAAAUGAUCCACCAUCAUGAGGACCCAGAGCAUAAAAAGAAGGCAAUUAAUGUGGGAGAACACAAAGGAACCCAUGUCAGAUUCUGCCCAUCUGGUGAACUGAUAAAGCUUCAGGAAAAUUACCAACCAAAUGGUGGUGGUUAUUUCAAGAACCAGCCUGAACUUAACCAGCCUGCCCAGCCCUCCAUCCUCAGUUCCAAACACAAGUGCAGCCAGAUGAUGGGUUCUGUGCCCACAGUGAUUCCCUUAAAGAGUGCCAGAGCAAGUUCCACCAUAUUUAACAGGGUUGGCGACAAAAAUCUGCCUUGUACUUCAAGCAGCACCCAUGGGAAGGGUCUGGAGCCCAGGAACCCUGCACUGAAGACAGAUAAGCUGCUCUCUAUAAACACCAGCAACGAUCUUUCCUUCAUUGACCCAAAUACAAAAAUGAAGCUGGAAGCAAGCAUCACGCAGCUUCCUGUGAAACACAGAAGGAGAUUUCCCUGUGUUUCCAAGUCUGAAUUCUAUUCGAAGACUGCAAUGAUCCUGGAAAAAUUGCAUCACCAAGAUCCAGGAGGGAAAAGGGUAGAAACUGUAUCAUCUGCCAGGCUGCAAUGUCCCCUGUUUGAAUACUCCUGUCCAGAGGUUUGGGAGACUCAAAGAACCCCUCUACCUGCUGCCAGUCAUGGGCCGACAAGGUCCAAUCCAGAUCAAUGGCUGAGUAGCAAGAGUGUUCAACCCAAUACUUCCUGCUUGCAGGCAAAACACCAGCAGAGGGGGACUAUCCAAGCAACUGUGAGAGGCACCCUGCAGUCAAAUACCAGCCCAGGAAUGGCCAAGCAUGAACCCUGGAAGCAGUCUCAAGAUGCAGCUUCAGCACAUCCCCAGUUGAGUGCAACAACUCUCAGCCCUGAAGACAGGUUCUCACCCUCUAUGUCCAAAAAAAGCAACAUACUGAAGGUAAAAGAAGAGCUACCUCAUGCAUGGAGGGUGAGUGUGGCAUCUACUGAGAUUCCCAAGGGGCAAGCCAUCAAUACCUUUCUCAAGGGCUUUGAGUCUGUAGACCAUCUCCAAACACCUUCUACUCAAAACUCAGGGGACUUUAAAAUAGCUGGAGACAGAGUGGCUCAUUCAAAAAGCUCACUGAAUAACAUCACCAGAAAUCCUGUCCGAUUUGAAAACAUCAGCCCAAAAUUCCAGGGACAGGGAGAUUCUUUGAGGAAUGAAAGCCCUCUAUCAGAUAUGGACCUACAAGAGGAAGUAGAUAGGGAAAAUCUCAUCUACAAUACAGCAGUUGAGCUACAAUACUGCAUAAAUACUCUGCUCCAGAACCUGGAGGAUAAUGAAAACGAGCCAUCAAAACUCACCAUAGAUCCUGUGACCCAGGUACAAGAGUUUAAAAGGGAAUCGACAUUCCACUUGGAUAACUCCACAUUGAAGUUGGAAUUGGGCUCUCCACAUCAAAGCCCCAAGGGUCACAACAAUUCAUUCAGAUACAAAGAAAUUAGAGGCAAACAAGACCCAGAGAUCGGAUAUAAAGCCUUUGAACCCCAUCAAAAUACAAAGAAAAAGAAUGGGCCAUCAUCACCUUCUGAGUCCCAAAGACAACCAUCCAGUCACGGACAGGGGAAAUGGAGGCCAGGCGCAAUAGCUCAGCAAGCUUGUGACCAUCAACUGAACAUCCUGAAAAGAAUAACUUUUGACAACCUCCUCACUCCCAAGGGAAAGAAUCAUGCAUGUCGUCACAGGGUAACUGGAGACAAGCAGCAGUUAGAGCUUGCUGACCAGAAAGCCUGUGACUCUGGUCAAAGUACAAGGAGUAGAAUGGGCUCCUGUCCACAUGGAAACUCCAAGUGGCACAACCUUCCAUUCAGAUACAGAGAGAUUGGAGAAAAAGCACCACUGGGUGUUAAUGCCCAGAGAACCUGUGACCAACAUCCACACAGUAUGAAAGGAAGGAGCUUUGACCACCUCCCCAGUCCUGAGAGGAACCGCCAUCCACACAGUUCCAAAGUAGUUGGAGACGAGCAGCAGUCAAGUCUUGCUCCCCAGAGAGCCUAUGAUGCAGGACAAAUUAAAAAGAAGAGUGGAAUGGCUAGCUGUCCAUACAGAUGUCCGGAUGGGUACAACUUUGCAUUCAGACGUGGAUUAACUGGAAACCAACAACAUUCAGGCAUUGUCCUUAGAAUCUGUGAGCAACAUCAAAGUACAAAAGAAGGAAAGGGCCAAUCUAUGAGUCCCAAAGCGAACCAUUCUGUCAAGCACAGGGGACACAGAGGCCAGGACCAAUCCGGCCUCUCUGCCUAG